AUGCGUUUCUUCGCGCUCGUUGGUUCUGCAUCCGGCUUCUCAACACUAUUCGUCCUGCUCUGCCUUUUGUGCGCGAGCUGCCUCCGUGCCUCGGCGCCAGGCCCGGCCGGGGAGGCAGACGAGAUGCUCGAGGGCCUGUGGGAGAGGCACCAGGCCGAGCUCGCAAACACGUUCAGGGCUUUCAGGCUCCUGAACUGGGCCGACGACCAGCGGUGGGCAAACCCCGGAUCGACGUCCCACUUGCGGCUUGCGAUGGAGCGAGCGGGGCAGGCACGCGAGCGAGCAAGCGAGCUCGGUACAUGGCUCAGCACACGGCACACCCCGGCCGCCAUCUACUUUGGCCUCAACAGGGAGCGCGACAGAUUCAGCCAUGCCGUCACGGCGGCGCGUGUCAUGAUUGAAUCCUUUGCAGGUGCGGCGGUCGCAUGGCGCGAAGGUGUAGAGAUCAAGUUGGACCGGCUUCACCGACUACUGCAGGCUCAACUCUCGGACACGCUGACCCUCAAGCGGAUCGUGAUCAGCCGACACUCCGGAUACCGCAGCAGGCAGAGGUACUCGCUCGUCUACACCAAUCUCCGCUGGCUGCAAAGCACGUACGCCAACCAGCUGGACCGUUACGCCAUCCUGCUGUCUCGCCUCGACGCCGAUUACCGCAGCGCGGUGCCGGACUGGGAGGACCUCUUUGGGGUUCUGAGGGGCGACCUGGCCCGCCUUGCAUCCGGCGAGCAUCGCCUACCGGACAGCGUGCGUGAUGCUGGUAGCUCUUCGUCCGACGUUCAAAGAGCUUCUGGCUAG